CGCUUCCGUUGACGCCUUGCGGACUAUCUGCCCGUCGACAGUUUAAGUCUGGUUAUCUAAGUCAUAAAUACAGUUGCCUUCUGGUGCUUAAAUGUAUAAAUCAUCAUCAUCAUCAUCACCAUGGCAGCUUACCGUCGACGUAGCGAGAAGAGUGAAGCCUUUCUGUGCUGCAAAACCGGUGACUUGGCAAAACUACAGUAUCUGGUGGAGACAAAAGAAGUUGAAGUAAACAUAAGGGAUGAAUGGGACAGUACUCUGUUAUACUACGCUUGCCUUUGUGGCCACAAGGAAGUAGUGAGCUACCUACUGGAUAAUGGUGCCCAGUGCGAAGCCAGAACGUUUGAUGGUGAGCGCUGCCUGUAUGGCGCCCUCACAGACGAGAUCAGAGACAUGUUGAAAUCCAGGAAGGCCGUGACCACAGGAAAGGCGUGCCGGGACAGCUACCAGGAAUUCUUACGAAGGUUACUAGAAGGCAACUGUUAUGAAGACAUCGUCUUUGUUGUCCAUGACGAGACGUUCCCAGCCCACCGCUGCAUCCUGCAUGCCAGGAGCCCAUACUUUGCCGAGAUGUUGGAGACAAAAUGGCGACACAAGAGCACCAUCAACAUCAAGAGUGCAGUGGUUCGGCCUCAGGCGUUCAAGGCCAUUUUACAGUAUAUCUACACAGGUUACCUGGAGGUUCAUCUAGAUUGCUACGAAGACUGCCGACGUUUUGCCAAACAGUGUCAGAUGCCUGAGUUACUGGGUCAACUGGAGAGCAAACUACAGGCCAUCUUGGAAUUCGUCCCUCAAAAACCUGGCACGCAUGUUUCCAUAGUAACCAUCGAGCCACCGCAGGACUCGACACUCCUACAAGAUGAGCUGCAGUUCCUUGCCGACAUUGCUGUACCGUCAGUCUUCUGCCAGUUUUACGGGCCAGGCAUCCUUCCGUUUUGUGGUGAGGUACCAGAGCAGUCGCCGUUCGCUGAUGUCUGUUUUAACGUGGAAGGCCAGUACUUCUACUGUCACAAGGUUUUCUUCUGCUGUCGCAGCGAGUAUUUCAGGGCCUUACUAUCCGACCACUUCUCAGAGAACGUCCAGGAUCCUUACUACUCCCUGCCGGUGGUGACGCUACACGACCUCACGCCACAGAUCUUUGCCAAGAUUGUCUACUACAUCUACACUGAGAGAGUAGAGCUUACAGAAGAUACCAGUUACGACGUUCUAUGCUUUGCCGAUCUCUACCUACUGCCAGGGCUGAAGCGUAUCUGUGCUAACGUCAUCUCUAGGCAUCUGAGUACAGACAAUGUCAUCUCUGUGCUGCGUGUGUCCAGAAUGUUUAGUCUGACCAAGCUGGAAGACCAGUGCACAGAGUACAUGGCCAAAUAUUUGGAUAAGUUCAUAGAGUCGGAAGAAUUUGAGAAGCUUAUCAUUGAAGACGCGGCAGAGAUCAACGACAGAGAAGAGACAGAUUCCAUCGUCGUCGUGGACGACAUCCGCCAUCACAUCUCAAGACUCGUUGAGACGUUUAGCGAGAUGGAGGAGGCACAGUGUUCACUGCACAUGCUGGAUGUGCUGCUCUUAAGGUUAGGGUUAGACUGUUAGGCCUUUCUCCAAAUUACUCAUUUGUCUGCAGCAACCCUGUCCCUUCCGUGUAAUUUUUUUGGCUAUAUUAGCUUUGAAUGUUCAUCAUAUAUGAUUUCGCAUUGGAGAUGUAACUUCAGUACCGAACUGGCUUAUUAUUACCCCUGUUCAUCAGGCCAUUUUCUGCAGCAGCUCAAGAUGAAUGCAAUCUGGUCUGUGUCCUCACAUGUACCCAUUUAUACACUCCUGGGUGGAGAGAGGCAAUUGUAGUAAAGUGUCAUGCCCAAGAACACGAACACCAUGAUCCCUUAUCAGGGUGUUAACCAUGUACCACUGCACAAGUUGGAUGACAUAAACAUUACACCAUGGGGCUCCAAAGCAGAGAGUGUCACGGCCGAGCGGUUAAGAGCACCGGACUCAAGCUCUGGUGUUUC